CAACCUCCCUUCCUUCCUCCUCCACGCGCUCUCUCGCGAGUGGCAAUCAUCAUCCCUCACUCACUGUGUCACAGGAAGUUAAGCAAUGGAAUGAUCGUAGCGUAGAAAUAACUCGAACAACCCAAACUUUCUCUCUCUAAAACAACAUCAAGAUUGAGGAGAGAGAAACAUUUCCCCCCUUCCAUUUCCCUCUCGAUUCCUUCGCCUUUGCUUUCGAUCCUUUUCACAGAACCUAAUUCCUCGAAUUUUCUCUCUUUCUCUUUAUCUUUGCUCCAUUUUCUCCCCAUUUUCACUUUCCCCAGGUACUCGCAUUUCUAUUCUCGCUUCUCAUAAUUAGGAUGCACUUUGGUCCUUUGGCCUAGAUUGUUGGAUUCUUUACUCCAAUUGUUAACUGGUUUUCUACGUACUUUGAAGAUGGCAAAAGGAAGCAGGGGAAGACAGAGGGUUGCUUCUCGUCAAUACAGACUGACUCCAUACCCACUGGCUGCUUGCAAAAGGGUUACUUGUGAUGAUAUGUGCCAAAAGAAAUGCACUAAAGCCUUGGAUACAAAAGAGUGGGAAGAUGUAACAUGUUCUGUGUGCAUGGAGUUUCCACACAAUGCUGUUCUUCUCCUUUGUUCUUCUCAUGACAAGGGCUGCCGUGCCUACAUGUGUGGAACUAGCCUUCGUCAUUCGAACUGCCUUGAUCAGUACAAGAAAGCUUACACUAAAGUAAUUUCACCACGUGAUGGACAACCACCUGUUCAAGGCUCGGUAGCUAAUCCAGUUGAGCUACAGGAUUCAAACUCACCGCUUGAAAAGAGUGAAGUCACAGAGCUUGCGUGCCCUCUAUGCCGGGGUCAGGUCAAAGGUUGGACUGUUGUGGAACCUGUUCGGGACUAUCUGAAUGCAAAGAAAAGGAGCUGCAUGCAGGAUAGCUGCUCGUUUGUUGGGAACUACAAGGAGUUGAAGAAGCAUGUGCGUGCAGAGCAUCCCUUGGCACGCCCACGGAUGGUAGAUCCUGAUCAUGAACAGAAAUGGAGAUGGCUCGAGUGGGAGCGUGAACGAGAAGAUGUUAUCAGCACAGUAACUUCAGCCAUACCUGGGGCAGUGGUUUUUGGAGACUAUGUCGUAGAAGGUCACCACCAUAAUGACUUUGAUUCUGAUGAAGAAGAGGAGGGGGGUCCUGAUGCGGAUAAUGCAGGAAGAAAUGGAAGAUUUCAGAUGGGUAUGGAGGCAAUGAAUUUCUUCCUCCUGUUGCAUGCAGUUCGGCAAGGGAAUGACCUUAACAACCUUAGUAGACGACUGAGGCCUGAGAUGGCCCCCAACAGGUUAGCAGAUCAGGAUGGGGCAGGCGGGCUGGAUGUCUCAGAUGAAGAUGACGGGUAUGAUGAGGGCAAUGAUGAUGGUGUUUCUCUGGUCAGUCGUCUCCGUCACCAUGGUGGAGGCAGGGUUCUAUUGGGUCGGUCUGGGAGGAGGCGUAGACGUAGAGAAGUACAUGAAAGGAUGGGAGACAGUUGACGAUCAGGCUUGUUGAAGCAGGAGGUUGGAAAAGGACAAGUUUCGUAGGUAUAUAUUAGAUUAGCAAUUUUAGCACCAUGUAGUGGUGGCUUAAUAACAUUGGAAGGGUUUUUCUUGUCCAGAAACAGGAAAAAUCAAAAGAUGGGCAUUUUCAAUUCUUAUCUUGUUGUAAUUUGUUUUACUUGUACAGUACAUUCCUACCUUCCUCCUAUUGCAUUUGCACAUUAUGUAAACAUUUGAUUUGAUGAAGUCUUUGGCAAGAAUGAUUGCCAUGAAUGGUUCCGAGGAUUGGAAAAUUGCAGAUUGGCAGUGUCUGCUAACCAUGUCCUGCCCACUGCAUGUUGUGACAGGACCACAACUACCGUUGGCCUAUGUAAUCUCAAAUAAGUAAUUGGUAAAUCGUUAUUCAUUCUAUUUUAUGUA